UCAAAUGCUUUCCCUCUCCCGUGAGUGUCCACGCCUACGCGGUUUAGAUUCUUCGCCGAGGACUCCUUGGAAUAAAGCGCGGCGCUUUUCCGUCCACUCCAUCUCAUCGCGGAGUUGAUUUCCACCGACUCCUCUUUGCUAUUUCCUUAUAUUCAUCAUCAUCGUCGGAGUCACACGUCGUCGCCGUCGGUUCCAGGGAGAGUUAUUGAAGCCGUCACGAGGAUCUCGUGCUACUACGUAACUUUAUUUGUCUAUCGGAAUUUUUCCUUUCUGGUUGGAUUCGAGAAUUCUUGCUGCGGUUCUGACCUCUAGAAGAUAAGGGCCAUCAGCCAUCUGACUUCUUUUCUUUAUCGGAGGAUGCCUGAGUACGGCUUUGUAGAGAAGUGCGAAACCAAUUUAUUGUUUGAUGAAAUCCAAGUGAUAUCCGUCAGAAGAUACUUCAAGUUGAGAACUAGGGUCAUCCCUCCUAUUUUCUUGCAAAACCAUGAAAGGCGUUGGAACAAAGGCAAAAGUUCAGGGGCUGUUCCCAGAUGAUGGCAAUGCACCAAGCAGGCCUUUCGGUGACGGAUUAGCUUACAGAAAGGCAGAAGAAACAGCGUAUAGAAGAUAUCAAGCAGCACAGUGGCUAAGGAAAAUGGAUCAAGGAGCUUCUGAAUCUCUGAGCAGCAAUCCUUCUGAAGAGGAAUUUUGCCUUGCUUUGCGUAAUGGGCUGAUUCUUUGCAAUGUGUUGAAGCAGGCCAAUCCUGGAGCUGUCUCGAAGGUGGUGGAAAAUCCAGUACCGUCUAUCCGAUCAGCAGAUGGAGCGGCUCAUUCAGCCAUUCAGUACUUUGAAAACAUGAGGAAUUUCCUUGUAGCAGUUAAAGAAAUGAAGCUUUUGGCAUUUGAAGUUUCUGAUCUAGAGAAGGGAGGCAUGUCAAGUAAGGUCGUUGAUUGCAUUCUCUGUCUGAAAGGAUAUCAUGAAUGGAGACAAGAUGGAGGGAUUGGAAUAUGGAGAUAUGGUGGAACUGUAAAGUCACCAAUAACAGUCAAUGGUUCCACUGCCUUCUCCACAUGUUAUGAUGGUUCAAGCAUUCCUGAGCCCUUGCACUCCAUCAAUUUAUCGUCUAGGCAACACAUCAACAAGAAUAUAAUGGAAGUUAUCCACAAAUCUUGCAAUUUCUUCCUCGAAAGUUCAGAAGCUGGAAAAAUACUUAAUCAUCUUUUUGAUCAAUUUGGGCUUGGUAUUUUACAAACAGUACUGACACAUCUAAAAUGGGCUGAUGAGCCACCAUUACAUUCUAUGAUUGUUGAUGCUGUACUGGAAAAGGUAGUUCAGGAGUUUAACAACUUACUUCUUGAGGGAAGCAAUCAGUUGGAACUUGCGUGCAAAGAAAUACUGGGGAAGAAAGCCUCGUCUGUGGCUAAUUUCUUGGUAGCAAUGUCCAUCUAUUUUGAGCAGAAGAAAUCUAACGCUUCAAAUGACAACUUGAGAAGUCGCCUGUGCUGUACUCAGGAAGAAAACAAGCUGUCAGAUCAUGGAAGCAACAUCUAUCAGCAUCAACUUGAAAUACUUGAGGCACUAAAGCGUAUGGUUCAUGAGGCCAAGAAUCAAGUUCGGUAUAUGCAAUCAAAAUGGCAAGACGAAUUCAAAAGCCUAGAGCAUCGUGUUCAAGGCUUAGUCCUUGCGGCAUCAUCCUACAAUAAAGCUCUUGAGGAAAACCGCCAACUCUACAAUCAAGUACAAGAUCUCAAAGGGACGAUCAGGGUGUAUUGCAGGGCGAGGCCGUUCUUGUCAGGGAAACAUUAUGGGCAGUCUAUUGUAGAUUAUAUUGGAGAAAAUGGAGAAAUAAUGAUAGUCAACCCCGACAAGCCAGGCAAGGAUGCAAGAAAGAUGUUCUCAUUCAACAAAGUCUUUGGGGGGAAUGCAACACAAGAACAAGUUUAUGCAGAUGUUCAACCAUUAAUCAGGUCUGUUUUGGAUGGCUACAACGUCUGCAUAUUUGCAUAUGGACAAACGGGCUCAGGGAAGACAUUCACAAUGUCUGGGCCAGAGUUCACAGCAGAAAAAAUGGGUCUGAAUUAUCGAGCUCUUAGCGAUCUAUUUCACUUGUCCAAGUCCCGAGAGAAUCUUGUGUCAUACACAAUUGGCAUCCAAAUGGUCGAGAUAUAUAAUGAAAAAGCGAGAGACCUAUUGGUAGCUGAUGGCACUAACAGAAAACUGGAUAUAAGGAACAAUUCGCAGCGGUGUGGUUUCAAUGUGCCUGAAGCAAGCUUGGUUCCUGUCAAUUCCGCGCAGGAUGCAUUCAAUCUGAUGAUAAUUGGGCAGAGAAAUCGUGCCGUAGGAGCUACUGCACUCAAUGAACGCAGCAGUCGUUCUCAUAGUGUAUUGAUACUCCAUGUCCAAGGGAGUGAAUUAUCAUGUGGAUCGACUCUCAGAGGCCGCCUCUAUCUUGUGGAUCUAGCUGGAAGCGAGAGGGUGGAUAAAUCUGAAGCUGUGGGGGAACGACUAAAGGAAGCUCAACACAUAAACAAAUCGUUGUCAGCACUAGCAGAUGUUAUCUCCGCUCUUGGACAGAAGAAUGCACAUAUUCCUUACAGAAACAGCAAGCUCACACAGUUGCUCCAGGAAUCACUAGGUGGGCAAGCCAAGACACUGAUGUUUGUACACAUAAAUCCUCAUGCAACAGCUUACAAGGAGACAAUCAGCACACUUAAAUUUGCCGAGCGGGUUAGCUGCGUAGAGCUUGGAGCAGCACGUUCAAAUAAGGAAAGUAGUCAAGUCAGAGAAUUGAAAGAAGAGAUUUCCAAUCUAAUGUCAACACUCAGAAACAAGGAAACUGAAUUAGAGCAGCUGAAAGGUGGCAAAAUUGAUCAGAGUGCUAGAAGAAUUGAGAAGACAGAAAUUGACUUCUCAACUACAUGCCUUCAAGUACCUAAAAACUAUAUCAACAGAAGGUCGCAGAUAGGACAACCACCCCCAGAUGAAACUGGAAGUUUGGAGAACAAAACUAUGCUCUGGACUAGCUGCACUUCGCCAACAAGAGAGUGGAACAGUUUUCCUUCGGCUCAUUCUGAUAGGAAACUCAACCAAAAUCUACCGUCUGCAAAAGGAGAAAGUGGGGCAAAUUCUAAGAGUUCAAAAUUAGAAUCACCUCCACAAAGAAGAUCGCUGUCGGUUGAUUACAGCAAGCACAGAAAAAGCAGAAUGAAGGGUGACGUAAGUGACAAUCAGGAUGAAAAACCACUACAGUACCCGAGCGGUGCUUGUUUGAACAGAUCCAUUUCAUUCACAGAAAAAUAUGCACCUGAGGGCUGCAUACCACUGGGCAAUCACAAGCAAGACAAACUGUCCACCACUAUUUCUCAAGAUAGUGGAACCAACCUGCAGAAAUUCUGUCCUGAUCAUGAGAAGGAGCAGUUCAGGCAAGUGCUCAACGUUACGCGUGGAGCCAUUAGGAAAAAAAAGGCACAGGUGAAAAUUGGGCAAAAGUUUCAGGUGGCACCUCAUUUGCAAAGGUCUGCUAUUGAGCAAUCUGGGAUACAGAAUGAUUCGAGGGUGGAGCAAAACAGGAAGAGUGGUUCUUCUGAACCUGAAAAUAGGCAAGGGUUUAGCAAGACCUUAUUGUCAAAUGCACCAAGACCGAGGAAGCUUUUUCAGAGCAUGCAUGAGUCCAGAAUUUCAUGAGCUUUCAUCAGCAGCGGCUUAGUGCAAGCAUGAGAAACGAUUUCAGCUGGAAAAUAUGAGAAUAAAGUUCCAAAUGAUGCCUCGCUUACAACGAAAGGAAGCACUUCUAUCUCUACAUUGAGACGACACCAUUCUGUGCCACAAACAAAACUAUUUUCAUCCUGAGUUUCGGGUUUUCCAGAUAACUUCCUUGCUAUGUGUGAGAAAUUGUUGUGUGUUUAUAAUUAAUCAAUAAGGAUCAAAUAUCAUUCUUCUUUUGGCAAGCUUAACUGGAGUACAUGCGGCCAGUAAUCAGCUUCAAUCUGCACAAGAUGAAUCGAACUCGACUGCCAUUAGGUGGUUUGUCCUAUCUCUGUUGUUUCACCCUGUUUAUGAUUUCUGUAAAAGCCAUGUGUGUGGGAAACAUUUGUUUCAAGGAUGAUUCUAGUCAUUGCUUUCAUAGUACCAAAUAUUUUAUGAAGCAUAAUAUAAAAUAUGAUCAGCCAUUGAGUUAUUCUCUCCAAUGAAUCCACAUUCACCAGUCAGACACGAUAAUUAGAUUUAGUAGA